CGAAAUUAGCAUAUUGGCCAUCAAGUAGAGGAGAGAAACAGAGAAGGCAACUGUAUGCAGAUGGCUCAAGAAAAUUAUCCUACCUGCAAUGAAAAAAGAGAUAGCAGAUGGUCUCUUCAGGGAAUGACUGCUCUUGUCACUGGAGGAACCAAAGGCAUCGGAUAUGCUAUUGUGGAGGAAUUGGCGAGUCUAGGUGCGAAAGUCCAUACUUGUGCUCGAAAUGAAGUCCAACUCAAUGAGCGUCUGAGUGGAUGGAAGACCAACGGUCUUCAUCAAGUCACUGGUUCGGUCUGUGAUAUGGCCUCAAAAUCCGAACGAGAGGAGCUCAUGAACGGGGUCUCAUCACUAUUCAAUGGAAAACUAGACAUCCUUAUAAACAAUGUGGGAACGACUAUAGUAAAGGCCACAACUGACUACACAGCUGAAGAUUACUCUUUCAUCAUGGGCACCAACCUUGAAUCAACUUAUAAUUUAUGCCAACUUGCACAUCCUCUCCUCAAAGCUUCAGGGGCUGGUAGCAUUGUUUUCAUAUCUUCCGUUGCUGGUGUGGUAUCACUUUUGGGAGCUGGUAGUAUCUAUGCAGCCAGUAAAGGAGCAAUCAACCAAUUGGCCAAAACCUUGGCUUGCGAGUGGGCAAAAGACAAUAUUAGGAUCAACAGUGUUGCACCUGGGUUCAUAAGAACCCCUAUGGCUAAAGAUCUUCUCAGUAACCAAUCGAUAGUUGAGGCUAUUAGCGAUCGAACACCUUUAGGACGCAUUGGCGAGCCAAAAGAGAUUUCUUCUUUGGUGGCAUUUUUGUGCUUACCUGCAGCUUCAUACAUAACUGGGCAGACUAUCUGCAUUGACGGAGGGGUGUCUGUUAAUGGCUUCACCUUAGGCCUUCCGGGCUAGGACCUUAUAUUCGAAACAACACAAAUUCGAUGAGUUUGUUUAUGGGCUACAAUGUAUUUAAAGAAACCGUGUGAUUUUGAUUAUAAAUAUAUAAAUAAAAAAUAUUAAUUUGUAACAAAAACAAAAAACACGAGAAUGAAAAACAAAUCAAGACUGUUGGCCUAUCUUUGAUGAAGGACUUGAGAGCCUAGGUAUCUAUGUUGUGUGGCCGGAAAUAUGAUAGUAAUGUCAAGUUUUUCCCUACGAAGUUCCAGUUCUAUAUUAUAGUUUUCAAUCCUGCUAGUCAA